GGAGGGGUGAAAUGAUACUUUGUUAACAAAAGUUCCGAAACAGCAAAAUCAGCUUCCUUUUCCACUCAAAAUUAAAAGUCAGUUAACUCACUGAAUUCCAAUCUCUGUCCGAACCCAAAUCUCCUCCAGAAAUGGCGGCUGCGACACAGUUUAACGUGAAGCCAAUCACCAGAGCCUCUUUCAAUCCCAAACCCUCUUCCAAACAAUGCCUUAAACCCACCAGAAUCAACUGCGCCGCCGCAGCCGUCAGACCCUCAAAACGCUACUCAAUUACACUUCUCCCCGGCGACGGAAUUGGCCCAGAAGUCAUAUCCGUCGCAAAAAACGCUCUCAAGCUCGCCGGAAAUCUCGAAGGUAUUGAAUUUAGCUUCCAAGAAAUGGCAAUGGGUGGGUCGGCUUUGGAUUUAGUUGGAGUUCCAUUGCCUGAUGAAACUCUUUCUGCUGCUAAGCAGUCUGAUGCUGUUCUUCUUGGAGCUAUUGGAGGGUACAAAUGGGAUAAGAAUGAGAAACAUUUGAAGCCGGAAACUGGGUUGCUUCAGCUUAGAGAAGGCCUUCAAGUUUUUGCUAAUUUGAGGCCUGCUACUGUGUUACCCCAGUUAGUGGAUGCCUCAACUUUGAAGAAAGAGGUUGCUGAAGGUGUUGAUGUAAUGGUUGUAAGGGAGCUUACAGGAGGUAUCUAUUUUGGGAAGCCAAGGGGUUUUGGCACCAAUGAAUCUGGUGAGGAGAUUGGUUUCAACACUGAGGUGUAUGCUAAAUAUGAGAUUGAACGAAUUGCUCGUGUUGCAUUUGAGACUGCCAGGAAGCGUACUGGAAAACUUUGCUCUGUUGAUAAAGCAAAUGUCUUGGAGGCAUCAAUGUUUUGGCGGAAGAUAGUGAUUGCCAUUGCUGAAGAAUAUCCAGAUGUUGAGCUCUCACACAUGUAUGUGGACAAUGCUGCUAUGCAGCUGGUUCGCAAUCCAAAACAGUUCGACACAAUUGUGACAAACAACAUUUUUGGUGAUAUACUAUCGGAUGAGGCUUCAAUGAUUACUGGAAGUAUAGGAAUGCUUCCAUCUGCCAGUCUUGGUGCAUCGGGACCUGGACUUUUUGAACCUAUUCACGGUUCUGCCCCUGACAUUGCUGGACAGGAUAAGGCAAACCCAUUGGCAACAAUACUUAGUGCUGCAAUGCUUUUAAAGUAUGGCCUUGGAGAGGAAAAUGCAGCAAAGAGAAUCGAAAAUGCAGUUUUGGAUACCCUGAAUAAGGGGUUCCGGACGGGCGACAUUUAUUCUGCUGGAACUAAACUGGUGGGAUGCAAAGAAAUGGGCGAGGAAGUGCUAAAAUCCGUAGAUUCUCAAGUUCCUGCGGCUAUUUGAGCCGAAGCUGUAUACGAAUGCAGAAUUUAGGAGCUCAAUUUCAGAUUUUUAUUAGAUGAGAAUCUUCACAUGAUGAUGCUUAGUUAAAUUUUCUCCAUGUAAUUUAUGAGGCUUUCGAUUAACUUUUAAUUCUUGCUGCUUUUUGGGUAGAUUUUGUAUUUUUUGGGAUUUAUGAUUUUAGCAAGAAAUAAUUAGCUGCAAGUUCAAGAAAGAAACACUUGUUUUUGUUAA